AUGGAUUCUGAUUCCGAAGUACACGACGAGACUCUACAAGAGUCCGAGGUGGACGAGGUAGAGGAGGAGCAAGAGGAAGUGGAGCCAGUGAAGCCCAAGUCGGCGUUAAAGAAGCCAUCUCAACCCGUCGCCCCGCAAGCCGCACGGCCACCGCUACCGGAACAGCCCGAUCCAAAGGACCUUGAUGUAUCAAAAUUGACGCCUCUAUCACCUGAGAUCAUCUCGCGGCAGGCAACCGUCAAUAUUGGCACCAUCGGACAUGUCGCUCACGGGAAGAGCACGGUGGUCAAGGCGAUCAGUGGAGUCCAGACUGUCAGAUUCAAAAACGAGCUGGAGCGGAAUAUCACCAUCAAGCUGGGUUACGCGAAUGCGAAAAUCUACAAGUGCGAUAAUACGGCAUGCCCGAGGCCGACAUGCUACAGGAGCUACAAGAGCGAGAAGGAGGUGGAUCCGCCAUGCGAGCGAGAUGGGUGCACUGGAACCUACAGGCUGCUACGACACGUCUCGUUCGUCGACUGCCCAGGCCACGACAUUCUCAUGAGUACCAUGCUGUCGGGCGCUGCGGUCAUGGACGCCGCACUGCUGCUUAUUGCAGGCAACGAAACAUGUCCCCAACCCCAGACAAGCGAGCACUUGGCGGCCAUCGAGAUCAUGAAACUCAACCACAUCAUCAUUCUACAGAACAAAGUCGACCUCAUGCGAGAAGAGGGUGCAGAACAGCACUAUCAGUCGAUAUUGAAGUUUAUCCGCGGAACCGUGGCCGAUGGCUCUCCGAUCAUACCUAUAUCAGCGCAGCUGAAAUUCAAUAUUGAUGCCAUCAACGAAGCUCUGGUGACUAAGAUCCCGGUCCCAGUACGCGACUUCCAGGCCAAGCCGCACAUGAUUGUCAUCAGGUCCUUCGACGUCAACAAGCCCGGCGCGGAAAUCGAAGAACUCAAAGGCGGCGUCGCUGGUGGCAGUAUUUUGACCGGCGUGCUGAAGUUAGGCGACGAGAUUGAAAUCAGACCAGGAAUUGUCUCCAAGGAUGAGCAGGGCAAGAUUCAGUGCCAGCCAAUCUUCAGCAGGGUCGUCAGCCUGUUCGCGGAGCACAAUGACCUCAAGUUUGCCGUGCCGGGAGGCCUGAUCGGUGUAGGUACUCGUGUUGACCCGACACUGUGCCGGGCGGAUCGUCUAGUAGGAUUUGUUUUGGGUUUGAGAGGCCAUCUUCCCGCCAUCUAUACCGAGCUGGAGGUCAACUACUUCCUUCUCAGGAGGCUUCUGGGUGUCAAGACCGCGGACGGCAAGCAAGCCAAGGUCGCCAAGCUAGCGAAGAACGAAGUGCUCAUGGUCAACAUUGGCAGCACGGCGACUGGCGCGAAGGUGCUUGCUGUCAAAGCAGAUGCGGCACGACUCUCCCUCACAUCGCCGGCGUGUACCGAGAUUGGUGAGAAGGUUGCCCUGAGUAGGAGGAUUGAGAAGCAUUGGCGUCUCAUCGGAUGGUAA